AUGAGGAGUCUGCUGGCACUGCUGAUUAUGACUUUGGCCCUGGCAGUGCUCUGCUGUUGUGAGAAAGAUCCUAAAGAACCCCCAGGAUCUCACAGUGCUGACAGCAUUAAGAUUAAAAAAGAAGUUGCCAAUGCCUUUGUGAAGAGGCAGAAGAGAUCCAGCUUGUAUGAACGGUACUUUGAGUAUUAUAAAAGCCCAAUGGAGCAGAUGCACGAGCGCUGUGAAAACUAUCCCCCCUGUGACUAUCUCUCUGACCAAAUAGGAUUUUCCUUGGCCUACAACCGUUUUUUUGGGAGAUACUAA